AUGAUUUUGGAGAGCUUGAGUCUUGGAAAUUACUUGGAUGAACACAUGAGCUCGACUACUUGUGUUCUUAGAGUAAUGAAAUAUCAAGUGCCUCAAAUUACUGAACCAACGUAUACCUCAAAGGCCCACACAGAUAAGAACUUAAUUACUAUAUUGUAUCAAAAUCUAGUUGAUGGGCUGGAGGUACAAACCAAAAAUGGUGAGUGGAUUGGUGUGGAACUCUCACAAGAUCACUCUUUUGUCAUCAUGAUUGGGGAAUCCUUUAGAGCAUGGACGAAUGGUCGAUUGCACCCGCCGUAUCACCGCGUAAGGAUGACUGGAAGUGAGGCAAGGUACUCUGCUGGAUUGUUUUCGCUUUUCAAAGCAG